AAGAAGUGAAGUGACGUGAGUGACCUAACAAUCAAGAAGAAACACCAGAACACUUAAUCCUACAAUGCUCAAGAUUCAAUUCAUACAAAACUAAUUUAAUACAAUGACUAAACAAGAUAAAAAUACAAAAUCAUGAUCUGAAUUUAUUAAUCAUAGGUGCGGAUCAACCUCCCACAAGGAAGUAUUACAUUCUGAGACACAAAAAUCUUCCAACUGAGAACAAGAAUAAUUUAUAUAAUAUGAAAACAACGAAGAACACAAAGAAAAUCCAGGGAGUAUAGACUGAUAUGUAGUCUAAAACCCCAUAAAAGAAGAAAGACGAAGUGAGUGACUGACAGAAAAAAAUAAGGCAAAACAAGUAAUUUAGAUACCAGAUAUAUUUUUUCAUAUCCUAUGUGAAAAUUUAGGCAAAAAAAAAAAAAAAAAGUAUGUGUGGAAGGCAUAAACAAUUAAGUAACGGUAUUCAGGUACUCAUACUUAAAGAUCUGUUUGGUUGUGAGUGAAUUCAUGAAAAAUAAUACAAAUUUCCAUAUAUAGUCGGACCAUGUUUGCAGACAAGAUCCCGACGUCGAGACGCCCCUGAGGGAGGCCUCCCCUCUGCCCAUCGUCCGCCCAGCCACCAAGGCGGCGGGGCACCCAGGCGCAGACGGAGCAGCGAACGCCGGAGCGAAGGCCCAGUCCAGACCCACGAUGGCCAGCGUGACCUCCAACGCCACGAAUCUCCUUUCGAGGAAGGUCCGCGGCAUCUUCACCAAGAAGACCCUGAACGCGAGGCUCCCGAUCACGCAAUGGCUCCCCAAGUACAACCUGGAGAUGCUGGAGGGGGACGUCCUGGCCGGUUUCACCGUCGGUCUCACCGUCAUCCCGCAGGGCAUCGCCUACGCCAUCGUAGCCGGCCUGGAUGCUAAUUAUGGUUUGUACUCCGCAUUCAUGGGUUGCUUCGUGUACACGCUCCUUGGCAGCUGCAAGGACAUUACCAUUGGCCCCACGGCCAUCAUGGCCAUCAUGACCCACGAGUACUCAGGCGCCGGAGGAGCCGACUUCGCCGUGUUACUCUGCUUCCUCAGUGGCCUCAUUAUCCUUGCCUCCGGCAUUUGCAACUUGGGAUUCCUCAUAAUGUUCAUAUCGAAGCCUGUGAUAUGCGGCUUUACCUCAGCGGCUGCCAUUACCAUAGCCUCCUCGCAGCUCAAAGGACUCUUCGGGCUAAGCUACGAUGCAGAAGGAUUUUUGGACACGUGUAAAAAGCUGUUUCAAAAUAUUGCGUAUACUAAGUGGCAAGACAUCACGCUGGGGAUAUGCUGUAUGAUCUGCCUACUGCUCAUGAGGAAAUUAAAGGACUUAAAAGCUGUGAAGCCAAAUGAAGCAGAUUCAACGGGGAAAAAAGUAUUUAAGAAAAUAAUAUUCUUAUCGUCUGUGGGAAGAAAUGCCAUAGUCGUCAUUGUCGCCGGUGUUAUUGCAUUUGCUGCUCCGGAAGGCACGUUCAACGUGACAGGCGAUGUUCAAGGGGGCAUGCCAAGCUUCAAGCCUCCUCCCUUUUCUACCGAAGUGAACAACGUAACCUACUCCUUCGGCGACAUGAUGGCGUCCGUCGGCUCGGGUGUCGUCAUCAUUCCUCUCAUUUCCAUACUGGAAAGCAUUGCCAUUGCCAGUGCCUUUGCCGGAGGAAAGACCAUCGAUGCUACUCAAGAAAUGAUUGCUCUUGGUUUCUGUAAUAUUAUGGGAGCAUUUGUGCAAUCGAUGCCCGUCACUGGAUCCUUCUCUCGGACGGCCGUCAAUGCUACAAGCGGGGUCAGGACACCUGCAGGUGGCGUUGUGACCGGCGUGCUGGUGGUGCUUGCAUUAGCUUUCCUGACACCUUACUUCAGAUACAUUCCCAAGGCCACAUUGUCAGCUGUGAUCAUAUGUGCUGUGAUAUUUAUGGUGGAAUAUGAGAUGGUCCUCCCAAUCUGGAGAGCAAGGAAGCUUGACCAGCUUCCUCUCUGGGGUUCCUUCCUCACAUGCUUGUUCUGGAAGCUUGAAUAUGGCAUCUUGGUUGGGGUUGGCAUCAACCUAGCCAUUCUCUUGUAUGGUACUGCCCGACCCAAGGUUGGGGUGACAGCCGUGAUGAGACAGGAUGGAGAUGAACCUGCAUAUGUUUUGGUGGAACCGCGUAGUGGUCUUUUCUUCCCCUCAAUUGAUCACGUAAGGUCAGUUGUAAGCAAAGCAGGCCGAGGAAUGGCCAGUGGAAACCUGACAGUUGUCGUGGACUGCAAACAUUUUGUUGGGGUUGACUUUACUGCUGCCAAGGGAAUCAAAGGUCUUUGCAUGGACUAUGAAAAGCGUCACCAGGACCUGAUAUUCAUCAACGUCACACCAGGCGUUGAGCGGGGGCUCAGAUCAGUCUGCGAUAAUCUCACCAUCGUCACAUCACAGUUCGAGCUACACAACUCUUUAAAAAUAACAUCUCCAGUGCCAACCAUCAGUAGUACAGCAGCGUUUCAGCAAAAUAAUGAAGCUGGGCGACACACGGACUCUAAUGACCAGGAUGUCACAAACCCUCUGCUUGGCUCGGGUACAGAUCCGAGGCCAGUCAUACGGGAACAAGUUGCUUAAGGCUCCAACCUACCUAUAUACUUGCAUACUUACAUACUUACAUAUAUCUGUAUAUAUGUAUACAUAUACACAAGUGGACAGGUAAUUUGUAAGUGUAUUUUUUAAUGAUCUUGCUAAUGUGUCUUUAGUCUAAACUGGUCUGAAAUAUUUAAAACUCAAAUGUUUGUGAGCUUUUUAUAUUUAUUGUUCUUGAUAAUUAUGUAUGCCUUUAAGCAUAAUAAGCAACAAUACAUAUGGUUGUGUUUCACUUUAAAGUGUUAAAAAGAAGUGGAUGAACUAAUAUCAACAUUAUUUUCUUGUUGUGUGUACUUAUGAACCACUUGUUUUUGGUGUGUUUUUACAACAAUAUCAAGUGAAUUAUGUUUUGAUUACAAAGCAUUCCUUAUUUAACCAGCCAGACUGAAGAGGGAGAUUUGUACUGUUUUAUGACUAAUUUCUUUAUUAAUAUUUUUAUUACAACUUUUUCUAUUUGUUGUCUGUGUUCUUUGUUCUCCCUUACUCCAGGCUUUCUUUCCUUUUCCCCUUUGCUUUCCCCUUUCCCCCUUUCCCAUUGCCUUUCCCUUUCCUUUUCCCUUUCUCUUCCCCCUCCCCUUUCCCCCUCCCCUUCCUUUUCCCCUUCACCUGAAUGAGAAGGAAUUUUGUGCUGUUACCUAUAUUCUUAUUAAUAUUUUUUCUAUUAGUUAUCUUUGUUCUUUAUCGUAUCCUUCUCCUGCAUCCCUUUCCCCAUCUCCAUCCUCCACCCUUUCCAUUUCCAUUCCCUUUCCCCUUCUUGACCCCUUUCCCCUUUCCUCCUUCCCCCUCCUCUUUUCCCUCCUCCUCUUUGUCCCUUCCCUAUCCCCUUCCCCUUCCCCUUCCCUUCCCCUUCUUCUUAUCCUUCUCAGUCCUGCCUUUUUUCUUUUUUUCUUUUGCUUUUUUCCUGUGUACUAUUCCUUUUUCUUGAUAUCAUGAGGAACCCUAUUUAACAAACUUUUUUCAGCAGAAGUUUGUGUAGCUGAGACUAUAUGUUAUUGAUUAAUGAUAUAUGUAUUAUUAAAAUCCAAUUGAGAGGCAAUUUGAUGAAAUAUAAUACAGACUGGUAAAAUUAUAAAAAACAAUAAUUGAAGGUGUAUUUACUAUAAGGCACCUUCUGUAUGUGGAAAGUUUAUUGUUAAGUAAUAUAGUUUAUCCAGAUAUGUUUUAUAUAUUCUUUAGAUAUGGAUUUGUGAGGCCAGUUAGUUGCUCUGGUUAGACAAAUCACUGUGAUACUUCAUCAUUCAACAUAAAGUGAAAUAUUGGUUGGUCACAUGACAUCAUAAGAGAAUUGUAAUUGUUUGACAGUUUUAUAACUAUCCCAAUAACAUUCCAAAAAUGCUAUUUAGAAAUCUUGUUAAUUUAUGACAAGCAGAAUUUUAUAUUUACACUUUAGACUAUUCAUCAGUUAAAUGUAUUUUUAAAGAGAAAAUAACAUAUUUUUUCUUUUGAAUAUCUGAUCAUUUGAAUACUAUUGGUUACUUUAUUUAUAAAAUCAUAAGAUAAGAGGGACAGAUUUUAGGAAUACAACACAAUAGUGAAGUUGGAACACAGUAUCAGAGACUUUCCAAGCAGUGGCAAUAUGAAUAAUGGUAAUGUGUGAUCUUUCACUUUAUUCUGAAGAUAGAGCAUGUUGUGGAACUUCAGAAUGGUAAGGAUUUGGUAUAUGCUCAAAUAUGCAAGUAGAACAAUGAAGGGAAGUACAGGAAAACACACAAAUAUGCCGAAGCCUUUUCGCUUUAUUACUUCAUCGAGGCAUAUGCCCUGAUGAAGCAAUAAAGCAAAAAGGCUACGGUAUAUUUGUGUGUUUUCCUGUACUUCCCUUUGUUGUUCUACUUGCAAUUUGUUCAACACGAAUUCCACAUGCUCAAAUAUGAGAGAAGUUUUAGUGCAUGUUACAUAUGUUUGUUGACACAUUUUUGUUUGUUAUUAUAUGUUAUAGGAUUCUUACUGAAUCCAGUUUAUCUGUGAAUCCAAUAUAUGGCUCUGGGCCAUUACAUGGUGCAGUUAUAUAUUUCUCUGUUUGCAUUAUAAAGCAAAUGGCCUAUCAGUCCUGACGUCUGUGUCUGGUCUGAAUCACUCCUUUGUUGAUUUGUAAAUGCUCACUUUCUAUGUGAAGUUAAUAACAUAUGGAAUAUAAU